AUGCAAGGCUGGAGGAGUAUAUCCUCAUUCUCCACCGAACAUGGGAGUCUUCCGACCUAUUUGGCCGGGAUAGUGAGUCCUUCCGGCUCAAAGGGUUCAGUAAUCGCGUUCGAUCGGUCAAAAACAUCAUCCCCGUCUCGAUUCCGGGGCGAGCCAUUGAGGGGGACGAAGAAGCAGAUUGACCGGAUCUAUGCUGUAGCCGACAGGGCUGGCAAAAAUGAGAACGACAGGCGCAAGAUAAGGGUGACCUUUCAGCCUAUCCUGGCGGAGACGGAUGAGCUGGCGUGGGCCAAGGUGCAGCACACAUUGGAGGCCUUGCAGGCGAACGCCGGCGGGAGGAACAGCGCGCCACUGCAGAAUGUCGGAUCGCAGCGACUUUUGGGGGUUACGGCCAGGGGAGAGGUGCAGGAUCGGGUAUUGUAG